AAGAAGCUAUCGGCUGUUUUUAUUUUGUUGUCCUCGACAGAAGUCUCUUUUUCACGUUAAUGUGCAGCCUUUGAAACGUGGAUUUUUAACACAACACAGACUCUUUACUUACGAUGGGUGCCGGUCCGAGCACCGAGGCCGAGAGGGAGCCGCUUCUCGUCCCUUCUCAUGCGGAAACAAUAACAAACAGUGCCCCAGUUAACAGCCGAGUGUACGGCAGAAGAUGGCUGGUUCUGACCCUGUUCUCCCUGCUGGCUCUCAUGCAGGGGAUGGUGUGGAACUUCUGGGGCCCGAUCCAGAACUCAGCCGUCCACGCUUUCGGCUUCACCAAGUCUGACAUCGCGGUUCUGGUGCUGUGGGGCCCGGUGGGAUUCGUCCCUUGGCUGUUGUUUAUGUGGCUGAUGGAUAAAAGAGGACUGCGGGCGUCGCUCCUCCUCUCGGGGUUCCUGAUGCUCCUCGGAGCGGCCCUGCGGAGCCUCCCUCUGACGGAACAGCCUCUCAGGAGAUGGUUUAUACACGGAGGCCAGUUUCUGAACGGUUUGGCGGGCCCUACCAUAAUGAGCGCCGGACCCUUCCUCUCAACCACGUGGUUCGCGCCGGACCAGAGAGCCACCGCGACGGCCGUGGCCUCCCUCUUCUCCUACCUGGGAGGGGCCGCUUCAUUCAUAAUCGGACCUCUAGUGGUGCCGGCCCCCAACAACACGGCCACAGCGACGGUGACGGCAGGUUAUGAGAACUUCAUCCGGGACCGGAUCCAGAUGGUUAUGUAUGCAGAGUUGGCUGCCAUUGCUGUGCUUUUUGUGGCCGUCCUGAUAUAUUUCCCCACACGUCCUCCCAUCCCUCCCAGUGUGGCCGCUGCGAGCCAGAGACUCAGUUACAGGAGCAGCAUCUGCAGACUUCUGAGUAACCUGCGCUUCCUGAUGAUAGCGCUGGCCUAUGCCGUCCCCACAGGAGUGAUCGCCGGUUGGACAGGAGUCCUGGACAUGGUGCUUACGCCUGCUAAAGUCAGCCAGGUGAACGCCGGUUGGAUUGGUUUCUGGUCGACUGUUGGAGGAUGCGUGGUCGGAGUGGCAAUGGCCAGGUUUGCAGACUCCAUUCGGGGGAUGCUGAAGCUGAUCCUGGUGCUGAUGCUGGCGGGAGCCUCUCUGUCCUCCACCUGGUUCACUCUCACCUGUCUGAGCUCAUUCACUCACCUGCCCUCCACUGCAGCCAUCCUGUACACGUCCUGCAUCCUGGUGGGCAUUUUCAUCAACAGCAGCGUGCCAAUAUUCUUCGAGCUCUUCAUCGAGACUGUGUACCCGGUCCCUGAAGGCAUCACCUGUGGAGUGGUCACUUUCCUGGGGAACCUGGUCACCGGCCUGCUGCUCUUCUUCCUCAGCUUUUACUGUACAGAUCUGUCCUGGUUGAACUGGUGUCUCACCGGCUCCUGUCUCUUCAGCCUCGUCCUCAUCCUCUUCUUCAGGGAGUCGUACGACCGCCUCUACCUGGACGUCUUUGUCUCUGUUUGACACCGCUGAGGACAACAACAACAACAACAACAACUAAAACAACAACAACAACAAACACUUGAGGACUAAAUUACUAAUCUUGCACAAAAGAAGAGGAGAAAAAAGGGAGGCGAAGGGGAAGUGGAGACACCCCCCCCACUGUUAUUUUAGAUUUGAGUAUGUAUGUAUAUAAUGCUAACACUGCUGAUGGAUUGUUUACUCUUUAGACGUCUUGAUGCCAUAUGACUGUUUAACACAUCACCUGUUUUUAUUUACCUGUCUGUGUUUGUGUGUAAACAAACGUUUGUGAACGGUUUAAUUUUCUUAACCAGGCGCGGCAUGACGGACUGUUAGAGGUCGUUGUUUACAGAUUAUGUCGUAUUUCUAGAGCCACUUGACGCUGAGUCCAGAUCAGCAUCGAGCGUCGACCCCUAACGAGGAAGUAAUGCUUCGUCAGCCAAUCAGCAGGCCUGGAUUUGUGCUGAGUCGGGGCUAAACGGGGCGACCUCCUGCUAGUUUAGUGCUACUGGGGGACCUGUGAUACUGUCAUAGAGAGGCGGGUACUUGUGGAAUUUUUUACGGCCCUCUCUAGAUGAACAUUAUGCAAAAUUGAUUCACCAAAUUGACGACUGGAUGGCGGCCAGGAAGCAGCAAAAGGAGAAGUCACACCUUCACACUUCUGAAGUUGUUCAGCCUAUUUAUGGAUAAUCAUGUGUCAAUGUUUUGUGGAGAUUUGCCUUUUAAUCUAACUCUAUCAUUUUUACAGUCUUUUGAAACAUUUUACUCCGUAGCUUGCCAGUAUUUAUUGGAAAUGUCUCAACACUAAAACACGGUCGCUGAAACGACUUCAGCCUGAGGGAGAUCACUUUAUUAAACCGGCGUCGGGAGGAUUACGUGGUUAUUGCCAAGCUGCUCCUCCUCCAAAGCACCAGCAGGAGUCUCCGCUGAGAGACAACUCAACCUGAAGGGGGGAAAAAAGGAAGUUGCUUGUUGCUCGGAUGAAUCGACUGACAAAACUGGAGAUGUGACAAAAAACCACUUCCAGAUCUGGAGGGACAAAACCACAAAGAAACACAUGAAGGCGAAUGAAAAACAUCUGUCCCGUGCAGACUCAGCCGUCUCCAACACGUCCGUGGUCUGUCUCUGUCUCGUUCAGCAGCUAAAGGAAGUGUUUGUGUCCCUCUGGGGGUCAGAGGAGGCUCCGUGACGUCUCUCCUGGUGCUUGUUUUUUGUAUUUCUUACUCUCCUUGUACAGAAAAAGGUUGUCUUUUUUUUACCUUUUUUGACGUGUUGCCUUAAUUGCCCAGUGCUGUGCGUUCAGCCCCCCCCCCCCCACACACACACUGUGACUCUUUUAUCUGUAUCUGUAUAUAUUGUUAAAGGUCAUGUUCCUGUGUCCUGCAGCACACACUCUGCAGUCUCCCGGACUCUCUGGGUUAUACAUUGUUCUGUGAAAAAGCAAAAUGAACAAAUGUGACUGUUGAAUAUUUCCAGCACCUUAAUAAAUAAACAUUUUA